AUGGCUCCUCCUACGCAGACCUUCAACCUCGAUGUCGAGGCAAUCUCAGGCAUCUGCGGAUCCAUAUCCAUCGCUUGCUGGGUCGUUGUAUUUUCUCCGCAAAUCAUACAAAACUUCCAACGGAGUAGCGCCGAUGCCCUCUCCGUUCAAUUCAUCAUCGUGUGGCUGCUGGGAGAUGUCUUCAAUAUCCUCGGCGCCGUACUGCAGGGAGUUCUCCCCACAAUGAUAAUCCUUGCGAUAUACUACACCAUUGCCGACAUUGUACUGCUCGGCCAGCUGUUCUACUACCGCGGAUUUACGUGGCGCGACGAGCCGACUCCAACCCCGCCCAAGACAAACGGCAACGCUCCCGCGACAGCCUCGGCCUCGGCCCAUGCAGACGAACACACUUCUCUCCUCAACCGACCAGACCAUCAUGGCCGACGCGGUUCGGACUGGUCCGGCUUCUCGCCGGCAGUGCCGCAUCUCCUCGAGCCACCGGCUACUCCGCAACCGCCGCCGACGGCAUUCCAGACUGUCAUGUGGAACUCGGUUGUCAUCCUCAUGGUGUGCGGCGCUGGAGUUGCUGGCUGGUUCCUUGGCGAAAGGGCAUCCACUGGCGAGAGGCCGCCUUCGAACGAUGAUAACUCCCUUGAGUUCAACACAUUGGGUCAGAUCUUUGGGUACAUCUGCGCGGUGCUCUACAUUGCGUCUCGAAUGCCGCAGCUCAUCCUCAACUGGAGGCGCAAGACAACUGAAGGACUGAGCAUGCUCUUCUUCUUAUUUGCCUGUCUCGGAAACACAAUGUACGUUCUGUCCAUUGUCGUGUACGAGCCACGCUGCGGGGAAGAGGCAUGCGAGCCAGCAGAAGCAAGGCGGCGUUACGGCAGAUAUAUCCUUGUAAAUCUCAGCUGGCUGGCUGGCAGCGCCAUUACCCUUCUGAUGGAUCUCUGCGUCUUUGCCCAGUACUUUAUGUACAGGACGGAAGGCGAAACGCAAACAACAACUCCCGCCGAGGACGAGACUAGCGCCAUUGACGAGCCUUGGGAUAACAGACCACUGCUUGAUCGAGACUGAGAGGCUGCCUCCGACUAUAUACGACACAAUUCUCACCCUUCCCCCCUCCCGUUCUCCGUUCUGCUACUUUUGGUUCCUCUUGCUUGGCGGCUUUUCCUUGUGCAAAGACUCUUGGGACAUUGACUCCAAUUGCGAAUUCGUUUCUCUUUGCUGUUCU